AUGAUUUGGUUACGCGCGAAGUCUGGCCGAAUUCAACCGACAUUAGACUCUAUUCGACAUACGUUUUCGCAACAACAGCGACGCGUCGACGCACAGCAAGAUAUUCAGUCCCAAAAGAUUAAUUGGAAAUCAGUAGGUUGUGCGAUAUCUCUAGUUGUAUUUACUGUAUUAUUGCUUGGAUCAGUUAUUGGCAUACCGGUUGUUCUAACGCAAUUGAAGAAAAAUCCGUAUUGCCCAAAGCCCUCCUUCCCAAUUAAAUUCCCAACGUCAACUGCUUCACCAAAAACAACAAAUUCACAGCGUGCCUUAGCAUCCAAACGGUUAUGCACUGCACGAGCGUCCUGGAGUUCUAAAGGUAUCACCGUUGCCGGCCUAUCUAAUAACUUACCAUCAACGGCACUUUCUGGUUUGCAUCACCCUUCAGACAUCUAUGUAUAUGCUAAUGGAACGUUGCUAAUUGCUGAUACCGACAACAAUCGUAUUGUAAAAUGGAAUCAAAAUGCUAAAGAAGGAGUUUUAAUUGCUGGUACAGGUUCAUAUGGUUCUUGGAAUAAUUUACUAGCGAAACCAACAGCACUUACUGUUUAUCAUGAUCAUCUAUAUGUGUCAGAUUCAGACAACUAUCGAAUACAAGUAUUUACACUCAACAGUAAUUCGACUUCUCCCAGGGCUGUUACACUGAUCGGCCGCUAUGGACAAGGAUCUCAAUCGAAUCAAAUCAAUGAAGUCAAAAGUCUAGCAGCAACAGCAUCAUUACUCUUAAUGGCAGAUUCAAACAAUGACCGUAUUCUCUCUUGGAAUUUUGAGUCCAAUUUCUUUGACAUUGUCUUUGAGAACAAGAACAUGUUGAAAUCUAAUUCGACAGCGCUUCAUCAUCCGUCAGGUCUUGCGUAUGAUCCAAAAACUUCUUCUCUCUACGUCGCUGAUACUUUGCAUAGCCGCAUUCAAAAAUAUAGUAUCAAUAAUAAAAAUGUCAGUAACACCGUAGCUGGUUGGGGUGAACUUAACCGUCCUACUGCUGUUCAACUAGAUCCAUCUGGCACAAAUAUGUUCAUUGUCGAUACUUUUAAUCAUCGUGUUCUUUUAUGGUUAGAUGGUAGUCGACAUGGUCGAACUAUUAUUGGCAAUGGAACCGCUGGCAACGGCGACGAACAGUUGAAUAGUCCGUCUCAGAUUCGUUUUGAUGCAGACUACAAUUUAUAUGUUGUUGAUACAAACAAUUGUCGAGUUCAACGAUUUGAUCUCAUAUCAAAUGGUUGUGAAAAGUAUAUGUAA